CUUCCUGCCCAGACCCCAUUCUGCUUCCCUGAGGGAGGAGAAUCCCUGCUCCCUAAGCCUUGCGAUUGGCCAGGAAAGCUGAGCCCAGCUGGGGAUAAAAGGUGACAGUGUGCAUCCUGCCCGCCUGCAGCCAUCAGUAUGAGCAGCUUGGCCUUGUACCGGGGCAUCUACACCGAGGAGCGCUUCCAGCAGGUCUAUGGGACACCGCUGGAGCCAGGAAGCAGUCUGGCAGGGAUGCUGAGGAGCAGGCUGGCCCGUGGCUGCCGGUGCUCCAGAGCUGCUGCCUUGCACUUCCUUCGAGGCAGGCUUCCCAUUGCAAGCUGGCUGCCAAGGUAUCAACCCAAGAAGUGGCUUCUGGGGGAUGUGGUAGCAGGGCUAACUGUGGGCAUUGUGCACAUCCCGCAAGGGAUGGCCUUUGCUCUGCUCACCUCAGUGGCACCGGUCUACGGCCUCUACACUUCAUUCUUCCCUGCCCUACUGUACAUGCUCUUUGGCACUGGGCGCCAUGUGUCCACAGGCACCUUUGCUGUGGUCAGCCUGAUGACAGGCUCUGUUGUGGAGCAUUUGGUUCCUAUGCCUCAGCAGUCCAAUGACACAGAUCCUGAUAAGAUGGCCUUGCUCGAGGGACAGCGCAUUGGAGUGGCUGCUGCCAUGGCUUUCCUCAUGGGGCUCCUUAUGAUAGCGAUGUUUACACUUCACCUGGGCUUCCUCUCCACCUAUCUCUCAGAGCCUGUCAUCAAGGCCUUUACUAGUGGUGCUGCCUUGCAUGUGGUGGUGUCACAGCUCCAGAGCUUACUGGGUCUACCCCUUCAACGUCCUGAUGGCUGCUUCGCCAUCUUCAAGACGGUGGCCUCUGUGGUGGAAGCCUUGCCUUUAACCAAUGUGGCCGAAUUGCUGAUCUCAGGCCUCUGCUUGGCGGUGUUGGUACCCAUCAAGGAGAUCAAUAACCGCUUCCGUAGCCGGAUGAGGGUUCCCAUCCCAGGAGAGAUCAUCAUGGUACUGCUGGCCACUGGUAUCUGCUUUGCUUCCUCCCUCAGCACUCACUACAACGUGCAGAUUGUUGGACACCUCCCAGCAGGGUUCCCACAGCCCCAGCUCCCAGCCCUGCAUCUGCUGCCCCAAGUGCUGGGGGACACGGUGGCCCUCACAUUCGUGGCCUACGCCAUCUCAGUGUCACUGGCCAUGAUCUACGCUGAGAAGCACCACUAUGUCAUUGACCCCAACCAGGAACUACUGGCCCAUGGCCUCUCAAACCUGGUUUCUUCCCUGUUUACCUGUUUCCCCAAUUCAGCCACACUGGCUACAACCAACAUCUUGGAGAGUGCUGGUGGACACACACAGCUCUCUGGCCUCUUCACUAGUGCUGUGGUCCUUAUUGUGCUGAUGUGGAUCGGACCGCUCUUCUACUAUUUGCCCAAGGCUGUUCUAGCUUGUAUCAAUGUCACCAGCCUUCGCCAGAUGUUUCUGCAAUUCCAGGAUUUGCCUGAGCUGUGGAGGAUCAGCCACAUUGACUUCGCUGUGUGGGUGGUGACGUGGCUCUCCGUGGUUGUGCUCAGUGUAGACCUGGGCUUGGCAGUGGGAGUUGUGUUCUCCAUGGUGACUGUUGUUUGUCGGACACAGAGGGCCGAGUGUUCAGUGCUGGGCAGGGCAGCUGAUACGGAGAUCUACAAACCUGUCAAGUCCAAUAGCAAGUGCUUUGAGAUCCCAGGCGUGAAGAUUUUGAGUUACCAGGCCCCCAUCUAUUAUGGGAACCGCAGCUUCUUCCGUGACACGCUGAGCCAACUUGUGGGGCUGGACCGGGACUGGGAGCAGCAUGAGGACCAAGGUCUAGAGAGCAGCAUCAAGAUGAACAUCAGCACUGUGGGGAGCACCAUUUCCAUUCUGGAGAAGAAGCCUGACUCAGGUACAGCAUUACAGGCGGUGAUUCUUGACUGCAGUGCCGUAGCCUUUGUUGACUCAGCUGGGGCACGUCUCCUUAUACAGGUGUGUGUGGAAUGCCAGAAAGCAGGUGUGCGGAUGCAUUUAGCUGCCUGCAACGCCAAGGUUCUGCAGACCCUGAGCUUCUGCGGCCUUAUGCAUAACCUAAACCCACAACAGAUUUUUGUCACCGUUCAUGAUGCUGUUUCCUAUCUCCAGCAGACCACGGAAAGUGGGGAGCAGAAAGACCCAACCAUUUGGGUAUGACCAUCUCUUGCCUGCCAAGAGCCAAGGACUGUAUUGAGCAACCCACACGUACCAGGACAAGGACUGUUGGAGAUGACAGACAUGCUAAAGGCACCUGGCUGCCUCCGAGACCAGCAAGACUUUGCCUGCCGCUAGAGAGUGCGGGCUUGGAAGAAACAGACACAUGGUGGUAAAGAGGCAGCAGGGACAGCCGGGUCUUCAGGCCCAGCAGCUCUUCACUUGCCCAGACAUGUGUGACUAGUUGUAGGCUGGACUAGUCCAAUACUAUAGAAUUGGGGGGAUGGUUUGUAUUGUGCUCCCUCCUCUCCUGGCUCCACCUCCUGUCCCUCUGGCCUGCAGGAAGGAUAAAUCCACAUGGCAAUUCUAAGCCAUGUCUCAUAACUCAUAGAAAAGUCCCUGUUCUUCCCGUGCUGGUGCAUGUGCCUCUUUUUUGCAGCAUUCAGCACAAGGCACUAGCCUUGUCAUUGCCAUAUUAAGCCUACAGGUAGGCAGCAGUUUAGACUGAUGCCUACUUGAAGCCAUGGUGGACUUACAGCUGCUGAGGCGGGUGGGGGCAGUAUAAAUGCCACCAUUAUUUUUUGGUAAAACUAGGAGCCACAUACCAGAUUGCCACCCCAAGCCCUCACCAAACUUCACCAUACAAGGGAUCUUUCACUUAUGCCAACAGAACAACCCAUUUCUGUCUCCUCUUAAAGAAGAUUGUGUGUGGGCGGGGUUUUGGUUUGUUUGUUUUUUUACUAGUCCUGCUUCAGUGCCAUUCACAGUAGCCCAACAAGCAGCAGUUUAGCAGGUGAUGCUUUUCCUCACAUGAAAAUGCAAUGAUGGGGGGAACUUCACCACCUCUGUUUCUAAGUGUACAGGAGCAGUAAAAACACAAAACCAA